GGUACACUAAACUGGGAUAUGCAGGAAACACAGAACCACAGUUCAUCAUCCCAUCAUGUAUCGCCAUCAAGGAGUCCGCUAAGGUUGGCGAUCAGGCUCAGCGCAGGAUGAUGAAGGGUGUGGACGAUCUGGACUUCUACAUCGGAGAUGAGGCCAUCGAUAAACCCACCUACGCCACCAAGUGGCCCAUUCGGCAUGGGAUCGUGGAGGACUGGGACCUGAUGGAGCGCUUCAUGGAGCAGGUGAUCUUCAAGUACCUGAGGGCGGAGCCUGAGGAUCAUUACUUCCUGUUGACGGAGCCGCCUCUGAACACGCCAGAGAACCGCGAGUACACGGCAGAGAUCAUGUUCGAGUCCUUCAACGUGCCGGGACUGUACAUCGCUGUGCAGGCGGUGCUGGCUCUGGCGGCCUCAUGGACGUCUCGUCAGGUGGGUGAGCGAACACUGACCGGAACCGUCAUCGACAGCGGAGACGGAGUUACUCACGUCAUUCCAGUGGCGGAGGGCUAUGUGAUCGGCAGCUGCAUUAAACACAUCCCCAUAGCCGGGCGAGACAUCACGUACUUCACCCAGCAGCUGCUGCGCGAGCGAGAGGUGGGCAUCCCUCCAGAGCAGUCGCUGGAGACCGCCAAAGCUGUGAAGGUGAG